UAACCAGCAACUAUUUCUGUAGAAACUUUUCUCCAUAGAAUAUAGACAUUGAUGUUGCGGAACUUCUCAGUUCUCACCUUUUAAAACGUAAGUAAAAGUUCAGGAGUCAAGCUCGUCCUUACUCCCUACACACAGCAGCUAUCGUGUAGGAAACCAAGUCCACGAACGGAGGUUCGUAACGGACUCUCCGUUCUCUUCUUGUCUUUGUCUUCUUUAUGAGUAGAGUCCAUGUAUUGAGUGAUUAAUUGUUUUCCUUCAAUCCGUCUAUUUAUUUAAGAGUGGCCACAACCAACAGAUGCAAGAGAGAUCCUGGAGUUUUCAAACGCCAAAACCCACGAUAGCAAAUGAGGUCUCUCUGCUUUCUGAAAUGGGUAUUUCUCCCUUUAACCUUUUUCAUCAUUUUCAAUCACUCCUAUGCAAAGCGAAUCCAAUCCACUUCGAACCCCUUCAAUGCAACUCAGUUCAUCAACCAGAUCUCUCAAUGGAGGGCACACCAGAUUGAACUCCAAAACACCCAGAAAGGUUUAUCAGUCCCGAUUAUUUUAGCAGCUGUCCUCUGCUUCAUGGCCGGGUCUAUAUCUAGUGCGGGUGGGAUUGGUGGUGGUGGAUUGUUCGUACCCAUACUGAAUAUAGUGGCGGGUCUGGACCUGAAAACAGCUUCAAGUUUCUCGGCUUUCAUGGUCACAGCAGGGUCAGUUGCCAACGUCUUCUGCAACUUUUAUUUCAAGAACCCCAAAUAUGGGGGUAAGGUCUUGACUGACUAUGAUAUAGUACUCCUAUCAGAGCCGUGCAUGCUUUUGGGAGUGAGUAUUGGUGUUAUCUGCAAUAUUAUCUUCCCCGAGUGGCUGAUUACCAUUCUAUUCGCUGUUUUUAUUGCUUGGACUACAUUCAAAACAUGUAAAUCCGGUUUCUCGUAUUGGAAAUCUGAAUCUGACGAGGCGUGGUUAAAUGGGUCUGAGGAAGAAUCAAGAAUUGGGUCUGUGAAAGAGGAGGUUUGUGAUGGAAACGGAGGAGAGGAGAGCUUGAAACAGCCUCUUUUGGGUGGAAGAGAAGAAGGCGGUUUCGAGGUUCCCUGGAAGAAACUAGGGAUUUUGGUUAUGAUAUGGUUUUCCUUCUUUGCACUUCAACUCAUCCGUGGAGACAAGAAAGCAGAAGAUGGACAGAGCAUAAUACAAAUUGAGCCAUGUGGAGUCGCAUAUUGGACCAUCUCUGCAUCGCAGGUUCCUCUUGCCAUAAUUUUUACCGCAUGGAUACUAUACCACACAAGAGAACAAGGUCAAGCUUCCCAUAAGCAGAUAGGAGUCCCAAUUACAAGGCAGCCUUCAUCCAAGCUUCUUUUUCCAAUAAUGGCACUCCUAGCAGGAGGACUGGGUGGUGUCUUCGGUAUUGGAGGUGGAAUGCUAAUAAGCCCACUUCUUCUUCAAGUCGGUAUAUUGCCAGAGGUAACAGCUGCCACUUGUUCCUUCAUGGUUUUAUUCUCUUCUUCAAUGUCUGCAGUUCAAUACUUACUGGCGGGCGUGAAUCACAUAAAUAAAAUCAUCAUAUUUUCUAUUGGUACUUUUGUGGCAUCACUUCUUGGGUUACUGGUAGUACAGAGGGCCAUAGUGAAAUAUGGUAGGGCCUCCCUCAUUGUAUUCUCAGUCAGUACAGUUAUGGCUAUAAGUACUGUUCUGGUUACCACCUUUGGAGCAAUUAACGUAUGGAAGGACUACACAAGCGGGAAGUACAUGGGAUUCAGACUCCCCUGUUGAGUAAGACAUGGUGGAUUCAACACUUAGUUGUGUUAAUAGGCGAGUAUUAUUCCCGUAGGCCGAGUAUAUACCUAGAAGUGGAAAGUUGAUUAGCAGUAAGGGUUUGGUACUUGAUUCAUGUACAGUUGUUGUUGGGUCGCACGCAAGUUUGGGCCAAGAAGGGGAGAGCUAUGAUGCUACGGUAAAGAGUUCUCAAAGGUGAUUUAGAUGAGAUAUGAAAAUAUGAUUUGGGAGAGUUGGACCUCGGGAGACAGGCAGAACAACUCGUUCUCUUGGAUUCCAGAGCGCCAAACACCUUUAAAGGAAUGAUGUGAAUAAAACUAAGAGGACGUUGGUUCGUAUGUUGAGGAUUGACCUUCGCAGCCGGACAGAACACCUAGUUCUCUCCGUUUUCAAAGGCAUAAACGUCCUUGCAGAAUUAUUGGCUAGAAUAAUUGUGGAUUUUGUAUGGAGUAUAAAUCCAUUGUAUGGGGAUUUGAAUAAAGUUGCCCCCCACCCCCCCUCCUCUGCCCUCUAUCUCUGGAUUCUACUCUUGUUUUUAUGUCCUUGUUCCUGUUUUCUCAAUAAAGUUAACUAUCGUUAGCAAUUAUCAUAA